GUGCCCGAGUGUGUGACACAAUAGGCCGGUGACAGCGGAGGUGUGAGGCUUGGGACCUCCUCUGCCGGGGAGCGGGUCAGGGAGGGACUACAUUUGCACGGGAAGAUAAAGAGUCUCAGAGUGAGCAGCCACCUCUAGGCACAAGCAGACUCCUGAGCGGCGCGGGCAGGACAUGGUUAAACUGGCAGCCGGGGGCUGAGGGGGCAUCUCUCUCCGGGCUCCGUGCCCUGUAGGGGCGGCACCAUGAAGAGGUGGCAGUCGCUGUUUGCCAAGCAGACGUACAGGCCGUCGGUGGUGGACAAGUGGAGCAAACAUGACCAAAAGCUCUUUGAAGCGGUGGAGAAAGGGGACGCAAAGAAGGUCUCUUCGCUUCUCUCCAAGCGGUUCCUCCGGCCGACCACCCCGAGCCCCCGGGGCAUCUCCUCGUUUCACUUGGCCGCCGCCCGAGGCCUCACCGACAUAUUAAAUAUCAUCAUUUCCUACAAAGUGGAAGUCAAUGCCAAGUCAGACGAAGGUUGCACGGCGCUACACUUGGCUGCCAGUCAUUGCCACCCCGAAUGUGUCAAGCUCCUCCUACAGCGCGGGGCUCACGAAGAUUCCAUAGACUUCCACAGUCGGACGCCGCUACACUGCGCAGCCGCCUCGGGUUGUGUCUCCAGUGCCCGGUACCUGUGCGACGCGGAGGAUUGCUUCCUGGAUGCGGCCGAUGAUGACAGCCGGACGCCGCUGAUGACGGCCGCCAUUAGGAAUCACCCCACGGUUUGCGCCUUGCUACUGGAACGGGGGGCUCAGAUUGACCUGCACGACAAGGACGCAAAGACGGCCUUAAUGCUGGCGUGUGAGAGAAGCAACAUACAGGCGGCCGAGGUGCUGAUAACCAGGGGGGCCGACGUGGCGCUGCAGGAUAACCGGGGCUUCGAUGCCCAGCAUUAUGCCAAGCAGUCUAUGGACGAGUCUCUCUGUCGGCUGCUGCAGGCUACACUGGACAAGCGGAAAAAUGAGCGAGGAACGGGUCAAGACAACCAGCACGUAGUCAAGGGCCACCAUCAUAGCAGGGGUAAGGAAGAUGAGAUGGUAAACAUAUGGAAGAAACGGUACGAGGAAGAGCACAAGAGGGGAUUGUGGCUUCAGGGAGACUUGAUGAGGAAGACUCAUGAAAUUGAGGGCCUCUUGGAAGAAAACCGCUCAGAGAAGAGGAGGAUGAGAGAAAUGGUGGAAAAGCUGAAGGACCUCCUUGAUGGACCCACAGAGGAGCAGGAUCCUACAGAAGAUGACUUUCAGACAACAGAUAUUUUCCUCUCCAUAAGCCGAGCUGUGGAGCAAAUAAAAGCUAUCAGAGAACAGAAGCUAAAGCCGCAUGAACUGCAGGAAGAAAAGCUAAAGACUCUAGAGGCAAAAAGAGUCCAAGAGGGCCACCAGGAGGCAAUGAGACACCUUCAGGAUGAGGUGGUUGCAGCAAAAGAGAGGGAAGGUGUCGCACAGAAGAGAGUAGCUGAGCUGGAGGGACACUUGGAGAACAUGAGGUUGGUGCUGUCCCAGUUUGAAACGAGAAAGCGCAUUGACAGUACAGUGGUGGAGGAUCUGCAGGAACAGAUCAAUGAACUUACUCGAGAAAGGGAGGAACUGUUGGAGAGGCUUGAGAAACAACAGGAGAACUUGAAUAAAUCGAAAAACGAAGAGCUUAACGAUGGCCAAAAUACUCUACACGCCAAUGUCAGAGUCUUGAAAGAGUUCCUAAACAGCUUAAAGAGUGAUUGCAUUAGGGUGCAGACAAAAGCAGUGGAUAUGUAUGGAAGAGAAUCCCUCACUGGGUUUGUGCCAGUAGGUGUCUUAGAACAAAGCGCGGAAAGUUGGAAGAAAAUCAGCUCUGCCAUAGAAACACAUCUAGUGAACCACGUGCCGUCCCAGUCCAACCUUCUUGUGAAUGGAUCAUUCAGUGAGAAAGCUGAUGCGGCACCCCGUCAAAGUUUGCCGGAGGUAGAAGUUAGUGUUCCGGUCAGUGCUUGUGGGAAUAUCAACCAUCUUACCAGGGAAGCCAGUGAGAAGAACAUUGAAACCCAAAAGUCUAUUGACGCGUUAAGCCAGAAAGUUCUGGAUCAUGAAGCGAUGUUGGAGUCUCUAAAACUCACCAAUGACAGACUGCUCAGCCAAGUGAUGAUGGCCAACCAGGAGAAGCAGAAUUUGGAAGAAGGGCUUCUUACUUUGCAGGACAGGCUGCAGGCGGAGUUUGUCAUUAGGCAAGACAUUGAGAAGAAAUACAAGGAACUCGGUCAACAAAACCUGCAUCUAUCGGAUGAGCUACUGGGGGAGCAGGAGAAAGUGACCAGGUUCAGGGAAAGGCUGGAGUCCGUGCAGAGUGAAAUGGUCAUGUUGAGGGACAGUUUCCCACCUGAAAUAGUUAAAGAAGGAAGCCCCAAAGCGCUGGAGAUGUUCAGCUCUGAUGUCUUGGAGGAGCUCUAUUGGAACGUAGGAACAUUAGUGAGGAAAUACAAUGAGGUGGAGAAUCAAAAGACCAUGUGGCAGAAAGAGGUCCAGAAACUGUUGGACAACCAGGCGCUGAGCGUGCCCCUCACAGAGCACAACAAUACGCUCAAUGAAAUGAAAAGCAAGUUGGAGACACAAAGGAAAGAGGCAGAAGAACUGAAACAAAGACUCUCCCAAGCAAUGGGGAGUGUGGUGGAGCUUAAGGGGCAACUCGACAGUCAGUCCAUAAACUUUAUAACCAAAGAAGAGCACGAACGUCGCAUUUUUACCCUCGAAAGGGAGGUGACUACUCUGAGGGAGGAGAACGAGGCAUGCAAGGUGGCCUUAGAAGGCAAAUGUGAGGAGGCCAUUGUGUUGAAACAGCUUCUAGAACAGGAGGUGGAGGAAAGGCAAGCGAUAAACUCCAGAGAAACCCAUGAGUUGCAAGAGAAGGAGAGAGUCAAGCAAUCUCUGGAAACCCAAGUCCAGACCCUACACGAAGAGGUCCAGCUUCUCUCUGGGAAACACAAUGAGUCUUCUAAAGAAGCCUCCAACUUCAGGGACACCGUGGCGUUGGAGAGGGAAAAGGUCAGGAACUUAGAAGAUAGAAUCAUCCAGCUGGAAGAAGAGGCAGAGGAACUGUGGGGCAAAUCCCAGGACUAUCAGGAUGAAAAUGCCCUCCUUACUGACAAAUGCAACAGCCUCCAGCAGAUUUCCCUGGAAAAAGAGAAAAAGGUAGCGGAUCUGCUGGCAGCGUUGGAGUCUUUAACCAAGGAGAUGGCGGAGCAGCACAAGAGGAGUGAGACUCUGGCCCUUCAGCUCAAGGAGUCCAAUAAACAGCAUCAAGAGAUUGUCAGUAUCUACAGAGCCCACCUACUGAAUGCGGCUCAGGGCCUGAUGGAUGAAGAUGUCCAUUUGACUUUACAUUGGAUCCUAAAGAUGCAAAAAGAAGUUGUUUAUUGAUUGGAAACUGUUGCCAUGACAAUCUAUUCUCUAUCUAAUUGGUGCAGGGGGGAAAGUGCCUUAUGAUGUCUACGUUUAUGCCAAUGCUACCUCCUCUGUUGCCCCAAACAAGACUAAGAAGACCCCUUGCCGGGGCAAGAAUGGUUAAUAUGCCACCAAUAUACUGAUUCCAGAAUUUGCUUAUUUGCACCUGCUUCUGAACUGCAACUCCCAGCAUGCACCCCAAGAACCUGGGAGUUGUAGUUCUUUGUCAUAUUUUUUGAUCCUGGUUAUUUUCUGUGACAAAAAAUGACAGCCCUAAUGUAAUAGAGUUUUAUUGUGGGGCAGUUUUAUUUCAUGGGGGGGGUGGAGCCUAUUAUCAGUUUUCUGUUUUAAAAAUGGGCAGAGCUAUAAAUUACCUGCAGCCAAUUGAGAGUUAGAAAA